AUGUCUUUACUGGCCGCGCUUUUUGCUAGAGCCAUGGCAGAGAUCCCGAAUAAGGGUGGCUACAAAGUACUUUGGUCCGACGAUUUCAACGGACCCGCCGGACGACAGGCCGACAGAAGCAUAUGGAACUACGAGCUUGCAUCUGACCUAAACGGCGGCAUCCAGGAGUACAUCGACGAGGCGCAAGAAGCUUCUCUCACUGGCGACGGCAGUCUCAUCAUAUCGCCACAGAAACACCAGAGCGGGAAUUGGUACUCUGCCCGCCUCGGAUCCUGGCCAACCUUCACCCCCGAAGACGGCCACAAGAUGACGGUCGAAGCCGAGAUCAAACUGGGCCAAAAUACCCAGGACAAGCAGCAAGGCAUCUGGCCAGCUUUCUGGGCUAUCGGUACGGCCUUUUACAAGGGCACCCCUUGGCCAGCGUGCGGCGAGUGGGAUAUCAUGGAGAACAGAAACGGAGACAGUGGUAUCCUUGGAACGGUUCACUACGGAGUCAAUGAGCAUCAGUCCAAGAGCAGUGACUGGCAGAACAACAUCGAUCGCACCAAGUUCCAUAAAUAUGCUAUCGACGUCGAUCGCACGCCUGCGAGCUGGAAAGACGAAACCUUGACAUGGAAUCUCGAUGGGAGGCCCUACUUUACCGUCAAGGGGUCGGAUGUCAAUAACGAAGGCUAUUGGGAUAGUAUUGCGCAUCAGCCGUUCUAUAUGAUCUUAAAUGUUGCAGUUGGUGGUGGCUUUACACAGACCGAUGGUUCCAAACAGUACCCUAACGCCGAUACACGUCCUGGACGGGAGAGUGGGAUGGAGGUUAACUAUGUUGCUGUUUAUACUCAGUAG